GAGGGCUCCAGUGCCUUAAACCCAAAUCACUCGCUCUGCUCGCCAUCCCAGUGACCUCCCCUCUAGGCUUCGCCGGAGAGAAUCAAGCCAGAAUUUGGCGCAGAGUCUCUCCUAACAUAAGCUGUUUGUGAUCCAUUUGAAUAAUUUUUUCCUUUUGCAUUAGUGUUCUGUUUGGAGCGGUUGCUAUGAGUUCUUAUAAGGCAGGGGGAGCGGGGUGGGACGGUGCAUGCGGUUUCCAUGGACACCGUGUAGUGCAGCACGGCAUCCAGAGCGAUGCGAUGGAUUAAUUCCGACUGCGUCCGUGUUUAUGCCUUUCUCACCUGUGCAAGCUGGGGCUGGAAUUCCCUUGCUCUCGGGCACGCUCUGGGGCAGUGGAUACCGUUCAAGAUUGGGCAGCCCAAGAAACAGAUUGUACCCAAGACAGUGGAGAGAGACUUUGAAAGGGAAUAUGGAAAGCUUCAGCAAUUGGAAGAUCAGACCAAAAAACUUCAGAAGGACAUGAAGAAAAGCACAGAUGCAGACUUGGCCAUGUCAAAGUCAGCUGUCAAAAUCUCUUCGGACCUGCUGUCUAACCCCCUUUGUGAACAGGAUCCCGUCUUCCUGGAGAUGGUCACGGCUUUUGACACAGCGAUGAAGAGGAUGGACUCUUUCAACCAGGAGAAGGUGAAUCAGAUCCAGAAGACAGUCAUAGAGCCUUUGAAAAAAUUUAGCAGUGUGUUCCCCAGCCUGAACAUGGCGGUGAAGAGACGCGAGCAGACUCUGCAAGACUACAAACGCCUGCAGUCCAAAGUGGAGAAGUACGAAGAGAAGGAGAAAACCGGCCCUGUCCUCGCUAAGCUACACCAGGCCCGGGAAGAGCUAAGGCCAGUGAAGGAGGACUUUGAAGCCAAAAACAAGCAGCUCCUGGAGGAAAUGCCCAAGUUCUAUAGCAGCCGCAUUGAUUACUUCAAACCCAGCUUUGAGUCGCUGGUCCGUGCACAGGUGAGAUGCGCUUGAAUGUCCUUGCUGGUGGUGUUUCUCCUGCCUUCCUCACUGUGGAGCAUCUGAGGCGCCGCUAGGGUUUGCAUUGCUCUUGGAACGAGGCACCGUCUUGAGAUGGAUGUAAUUCACAGAGGAAUACGUAGCAUUCCUCUUUGACUGCUCGGCCAAAAAGCCAUACCUUCAGCAAUUUUGCUGCCAAGCUGUGGUGUCUGAGCAAGGGUGAAGGGAGCAGUGUUGAUCCAGGUGUAGAGGCGGGUGGGACACCGGGCAGAUGAUAACUGCUCAACUGCUUCUGCUUCCUGGCAGAAGAUCAGGCUGGCUUCUGCUGGUACCUGUAGUGAUGUGGUGCUGGCCGGAUGCCAGAGAGAAAGAGCAGCAGGAAGUGACCUUUCACUGCAUUGUACACCUCGGCCUAGGUCUGCCUCAUAUCAGGGACAUUCCUGGUACAAGUGUAACGUCCUGUGCCACAAGGCUUGUUUGCAUAAUGCAGUUCGAGCCCUGGUUAUAAAUUAAACACCGGAAUUUGGUGGCUUAUUCAUUUGAAUAUGUUCUCCCUUUGCAUUUGCAGUCCUGAGGUCAGAAUUGGAUCUCGUUUAAGAUUAUGAGGUGCUCAGGGCUGGACUGUUUCUGGAUAUGGAUAACCAGGGCUGGGAUAUGCUGACAAAGACAGAGGAGGCUGCUGUGCCGUCUACCCACCAAGGCUUUGCAGGAAGGGGUGGCUUAAGUAAAACACAGCCUGCUUUAAUUUCCAUCUUCCAACUUCCUUCUGUGAUUUGCUGCUGCUUCUCCUUCCUCUCCUCUCUCCCUUAAAUUGUUAAGGCUGGAGAGGAACAUUAUCGUGAGCUAAUCCAGCUCUCCUUAGCACAGAGCAGAAUCUCAUCCACACCAGCGGGAUUUGGGGCCCUUUUAGCCCCUUUUCCUCAGCUGCAGUUGCUUUCUGAAGAUCUGAACUUCUGGCGUCCCAGGCAAGUGUUGUGCCCUGGAUCGCUGGGUGCAGCCGGUGGGUCAAGCGCAGGAGGGGGACGAAACCGCGUGUUGCUGUUUGCGUGGGCGUCUUCGCACGGUAUUUUUAAGGGAGCUGCUGCAGUGACACAGGUGCAGCAGGAUGGCUGCAAGGAGGUGCAGCGAGCACGUGUUUCAUCUCACCUCCGACUUGGGGCCUCUCUGCAGAGCUGCCAGCGAGUUGUCUGCAGGCUGAUUCACCUACCAGAUGGUGUCGAUUCACCCUGCCGCCGCCUGGUUAGAUGCUGGGGAUGCUGUUCUGGCUGUUCCCUUAGCAAUCGGGAGCGCAGGGCUCUGUGUUCCAGCCAUCGCAGCUGAAAUAACUAGACUCCCUGGAGCCAUGGCAAAGUUUCGCUGGCCCUUCCCCUUUCCAAGCUACACAAACAGGCUCCGGCCGCUGGCUGUGGGUGGGUCUUUUGGAUGGGACCUUGAAACCCGAAUGCUGUCUGUCUGCCCUAUCUGGGCAUUUGUGAUCCGCUGGCAGUUUCCUUGGCGAGUGGCCUUGCCCCUCUGCCCUUGGCCAAAAUC